AUGCGUUCAUUCCUAUCUAUUGGUGCGGCGGCGAGCUGCCUGCUGUCCAAUGUCGUUGCUACUCGCAUCCCAGCUAGAGUAGGCGCGAGAGCGGCGGAUAGCGUGGUCAAGCCGAAGGUCAUGAUCGUAAGCAUGUUCGAUCCGGAAGCGGACGUAUGGUAUGGCAUCCCGGAGUUCGAUGUGUUGGCGAUGAACAUCACCAUUCCUGGAGGGAGCCCGCUCUUUCCUGAUGUGCACUGCACGGCAAAUGGUGACGUCUGUCAGUACACCAUUGGCGAGAGCGAGAUCAACGCCGCAACCUCAAUUGCCUCUCUCGUCCGCUCUCCGCGCUUCGAUCUCACAACCACCUACUUCAUGAUCGCCGGCAUCGCCGGGGUCAACCCAGAAGUCGCAAGCAUCUGCAGCGUCACCUUCGCCAAAUACGCUGUCCAAGUCGCCUUGCAAUACGAGUUCUCCCAAUUCGAGAUCCCAACCAACUUCACAAGCGGCUACAUCCCUCUCGGCGCUCACUCACCGCAGCAAUACCCAACCUCCAUCUACGGCACCGAAGUCUUCGAGUUCAACCAAGACCUCCAGCACUGGGCCGCCGAGCAAGCCCGCACCGCUUCUCUAAACGACAGCUCCGACGCCGUAGCCUACCGUGCCAACUACGGUGUCAACGCCGCCUACGCCGCCGGAGCCGCUCCACCAGCCGUCUACGAAUGCGACGUAGCGACCUCAGACGUCUACUACUCCGGCACCAUUCUCGGCGAGGCCUUCGGCAACUUCACCACCCUCAUCACGAACGGCAGCGGCGUCUACUGCACCACUGCGCAAGAAGACAACGCUACAGGCGAAGCUCUGCUCCGCGCAGCCAUCGACAAGCUGCUCGAUUUCUCCCGUGUGAUUGUCAUGCGUACGGCGUCCGACUUCGAUCGUCCGUACCCUGGUGAAGCGGCGACGACGAAUCUGUUCUGGGCGGAGCAGGGAGCUUUUGGGCCUGCGAUCGAGAAUAUUUAUCUGGCGGGGAUUAAGGUGGUGAAUGGGAUUUUGGAUGGUUGGGAUGGGCAGUUUGCGAGGGGUAUGAAUGCGAGUAAUUAUGUUGGAGAUAUCUUUGGCUCGUUGAAGGGAUCGAUUGAGCCGGACUUUGGGCCUUAUACUUAUAACAACAAUCCAGUCAAGCGGAGCACGAAGAGCAUGAGACGCAAGACCAUGAAGCCGGUCAGGGUGUUGUAG